AAGAGGAGCCGCUCCCCACGUGUCUGUGUUGCAUGCAGUAUGGCUGCUGCCUGAGAGCCGGAUUGUGAGACGUACGCACCGGGAGCAGUGACGGAGCAGCAGGGCCUGGCAGCUAGGAGCUGUUCUUUGUCCCAGAGUCGAGAGGAACUCGGGUUGCUGCUGCUGCGUUCCACAGUAGUAUGGAAAAUGAAGAUGACGACCCAAUUAUACAGGAGAUCGACGUCUUCCUGGCCAAAAGCCUGGCAGAGAAACUCUACUUGCUACAGUACCCCGUCCGCCCGUCGUUGAUGACCUAUGACAGCACCCCGCAUUUAUCAGCGAGGAUUAAACCGAAGCAGCAGAAGGUGGAAAUCGACAUGGCCAUUAACACCAUGAGUCCCAAUUACUGCCGCAGUAAGGGUGAGCAGAUCGCACUGAAUGUGGAUGGGACCUGCAUAGAUGAAACCAGCACCUACUCUACGAAACUUAUGGACAAACAGACGUUCUCCUCCAUACAAGCUGCAAGCAACACAAGUCGGUACGCAGCAGCAGUUUACCGUAAAGGAGAAAUUCAUGUGACGCCGCUUCAUGGAAUUCUGCAGAUGCGUCCAAGCUUCACGUACCUUGACAAGGCCGACUCCAAGUUUCGAGAGAGAGAAGCUGCUAAUGAAGCCGGCGACUCUUCUCAGGAUGAAGGUGAGGAAGACGUAAAGCAAGUGACUGUGCGUUUCUCACGGCCGGAGACUGAACAGGCGAAGCAGAGGAAAGCGCAGUCCUAUGAAUUCUUACAGAAGAAGCAGGCCGAGGAGUACUGGGUCCAUCUUCAUUAUUACAACAUCAAGGACAGUCGUACAGAACUUGAGAGGCAGUAUUUGCUGUGUCAGAAUACCAACACAGCAGACAACUUGGAACUGAUAAAAUCUCCCAGUGAGUAUCUGGAGAUGCUGAUGCCUCCGUGUGUUGAAGAAGAAGCCGAGAAGAUUGUGUCUCCGAGCAAUGUGCUGUCGAUGGCUCAGCUAAGAACCCUGCCGCUGGCAGACCAGAUAAAGAUUCUCAUGAAAAACGUUAAAGUUAUGCCAUUUGCAAACCUCAUGGGACUGAUGGCUGCUGGAACAGAAUCGAUUGCAGUUCUGCGAUGCAUACAGCAGGUGGCGAUGCUGGUCCAAGGAAACUGGGUGGUAAAAAGUGAUGUCGUUUACCCCAAGGAGUCAUCCAGUCCACACAGUGGAGUCUCAGCAGAAAUUCUGUGUCGGGGCAGGGACUUUGUUAUGUGGAAGUUCACUCUGGGCCGCUGGGUGGUGAGAAAGGAGAUUGCAACCGUGACAAAACUGUGCCAAGAAGAUGUAAAGGAAUUCUUGGAGCAUAUGGCCAUUCCAAGGAUUAACAAAGGCUGGGAAUUCAUUCUGCCUUAUGAUGGAGAGUUUGUGAAGAAGCACCCAGAUGUGGUCCAGAGACAGACCAUGCUAUGGAAGGGCAUUCAGUCCAAGUUGGAGAAAGUGUAUAGUUUAUCAAAAGAAGAUCUGCUGCCCAAAAAGUCAGAUCCAGCCUCCGCUCAAGCGGCGGUGAUCCCUGGAGACCAAGUGGUGAACAUUGCUAGAUCGAAAGCCAAGGAGAACCAAGCACAGUUGGAGAAGGACUUGAAAAGGAAGAAGGAACACAUGAAACAGGGCUCUUCCAGCCUCACCGUUGCAGCCGAUGUCCACAUUAAAGAGGAACCUAUGAGUGACGAGGAAGCUAUGGACACUUCUACGUGCGACGGGCUGAACAACGGGCUGGUCAACGGAAUUCACGCGGACGAAAACUCACGGGACUCCAUUAAUGGCCAUAUCGCCAAAGGAGACCGAGAAGUUGUUGCACAAGAACUCAGAGAGUUUGUGACCUCAACGUUUCGCAAACAAUAUGUUUUGACCAUGAACGAACUCAAACGUUUAUUUAAUCUCCAUUUAGCUGGGCUUCCCCCUGGACAUACUCUAUUUAGUGGUAUUUCAGACAAAAUGUUGCAGGAAACGGUUCUAAGUUCUGGCUGUAAGCAGAUUCAGGUGCCAUUCCCCCCACAGACGACUGCCACACCUGAGGAGCAGAAAGUGUUCGCACUUUGGACAAGUGGAGACGCUUCCGACAAACAACGGCAGACGCUGCUCGAGCUUUUCCUGAAGAGUUACCGCUUACGCAGGCAGCAGAUCCAGGCACAGCUGACCCAGGAAUUUGGAGACGGCCUUAGUAAGCAGCAGCUGGACAAGGUGUUGAAGGAUUGUUGUGUGUGUUACGGAGGAAUGUGGUAUCUUAAAGGCACCGUACAGUCCUGAUAACACUGGAGAACUGGCAGCAAACGAAGAGCACAGCGGACCCAGGGACUGAUGGGGCAGAUCCUCGCCCAAGAUUGUAAAGUGCCAGGAUAGUACACCCUCUCAUGACAAUGUUACCACGGGCGCUACAGAAGGCAGAAUGUUCCGAGUCAGCGGAGGCUACUUUCUGGGAUCUUUCAUGUAUUUUUUUUUUUAUUGUAAACCUCACUUUUGUGUUUAGCUCCCCAAUAAAAUAACAGAAGUGUGCACAUCCGAAAAAGAGAGAGAAUGGGUGAAAUUUAAGUUUACAAAUAGUGCCAUCGUAUUUAUUAAAAAGAAAACAAAAAAUUUGAUUUUUGUUGUAGUUAAGGGAAUAGAGAAUGUUGUGUUUCCACUAGAAACCUUUCAAGAUUUCUGUAAAAAUUCCCUGAAUCACAAUGGCCAGGACACAUCAUGUCUUCCAUAUCAUUAAUUAAUUUGUUUACCAAUGUGAGAUGUGGGCAGCGCCCGCCAUUCCUUACCAUGGAACCAAUCAAGGGCAUCAUAAAGAUUUCUAAGGGUUAACGCUUUAUGACCCAGAAGCAUGGAAUGUUGCGCUCGCCACCUCCUAUAAUGUCAAUUCCUUGUGUAAUCAACACUGCAAAAUAUUAUUUAUGCUGAUUAUUAAAUAUGCCCUCAGUUGUGAAUGGUCUCAUUUUGUGUGUACUUAACGGCAUCAUAAAACUAAAAUAAAAAUGAAUUUCUGUA